AUGAUUCUAGUCAUUACUUUUGUGUCCGUUUUCCUAUUGUGCCCACCUCUUCUAUGCUCUGCUGCAUAUGCCAAUACAUCUAAGCCUACCUGCCCAGAAAAUUUCAGCUGUCCAGAUUUUGGUCCCUUCAAGUUCCCAUUUUACAAUACUAAUGAUACUCAUUGUGGUUUGAUCAAGGUUAACUGUACUUCAAGUAAUCAGAGUAUUCAGUUAGGAGGACACUCAUUUCAGAUUAUUGCCAAAAAAUCUCAGGGUCCUUCCGUCAAGAUCCGAAACACCACAUUUGAAAACCUAGUAAGAAGAAAAAGCUGCAAGGCUCUCGUGAAUAAUUUCACUUCUGCAACUCCUCACUUGUUUUCCAUUUCAAUCAGACCUCUCAUGAGCAUGACUAUCUUCAAAUGCCCAAAAGAUUAUGAUACAAAAACUGAUGUUUAUUUUGACCACCCUAAUUAUAAUAGCUACAACUUAUGCAAACAUCACAAUAUCCACUAUAAGUAUCAUAGCAGCAAUACAGCAGUUCCCACUGAUCUCCCACAUGAUUGUGAAGUAAUACAGCUGCCAAGGAUAAAGCAAAUGGUAAAUGGAACAGCAUCUAUUAAUCACACCGAUAUAUUUUCUCUUCUCAGUUCUCGGUAUUCAAUUCGGUUCUGGGCACCUUCCUGUAAUGAGUGUCUCAAACAAGGCAACUGUCUUCAGAGAAAUUUUGAGUGUUUAGAUGCCAAAAAGGGAAAACAAGAUGAAAAACAAAAUGGAAAACAAGAUGAAAAACUAAUACUGAUCCUAGUUCUCACCGGAUCUGCUUUUAUCCUCAUCCUCCUGCUCUCUGCUGCCAUUCUCGUACGUCACUAUAAGAACUAUAUUUUUUCAUAUUUUUUAUCAAAAGAUAGAUCUCCAAACCCUGAAGAUGGAAGUCUCUUCUUUGGCGUUUCCGUUUUCUCCUACACGGAGCUUGAAGAUGCCACCAAAAAUUUCGACCCUUCUCAUGAACUAGGAGAUGGAGGUUUCGGAGCUGUUUAUUAUGGUAAAUUGCAAGACGGGCGAGAGGUUGCAGUGAAGAAACUUUAUGAGAAUAACUACAAGCGAGUCCAGCAUUUCAUGAAUGAGGUUGAAAUUCUCACCAAAUUACGACAUCCACACUUAGUCUUGCUUUAUGGCUGCACGUCUCGACACAGCCGAGAGCUUCUACUUGUUUAUGAGUACAUUCCCAACGGCACCGUUGCUGAUCACCUCCAUGGGGAACAAGCAAAUCCAAGCCUGCUAACAUGGCCGAUCCGUAUCAAAAUUGCCAUUGAAACUGCCAGCGCACUAGCGUAUCUUCAUGCCUCUGAUAUCAUACACCGAGAUGUGAAGACGAACAACAUUCUUCUUGAUCAAAAUUUCUGUGUCAAGGUAGCAGACUUUGGUCUCUCAAGACUCAUACCGAAUAAUGUCACGCAUGUGUCAACAGCCCCUCAGGGAACUCCAGGAUACUUGGAUCCUCAAUAUCACCAACGUUAUCAAUUAACAGAUAAGAGUGAUGUUUACAGCUUUGGAGUUGUCCUGAUCGAACUAAUAUCAUCAAUGGCACCUCUCGAUUUAAACAGGUCUCAAGACGAUAUUAGUUUGGCAAACCUUGCUUUAAACAGGAUCAAAGCGUCUGCAAUUGAUCAAUUAAUUGACCCGGUAUUAGAAUCCAAUUCGAAUCCUGAAAUCAAGAACAUGAUCACAUCAGUAGCUGAGUUGGCUUUUCGAUGCUUACAAUACCAUUCUGAGAUGAGGCCUACAAUGCACGAGGUGUUGGAUGUGUUGAUGGAAAUUCAAGCGGAGAGAAGAAUAGAUGUUGGUGACAGUAUCAAAGAUUUGGAAACAUUGAAUCCGCCAGCUCUGUCCAAAAUCAAGGAUUCUGCGUUUUUGUUGAAAGAUUUCCCGCCUUCGCCUGUCUCCAUCAGUAGUAAAUGGCAAAGCAAUAACAGUGCACCAACUAUGCUAAGCAGCAAUGGAGAUAGGUUGCCAAUUAAAAUGUUAUCAGUAACAAAUUAACUCAAGUAUGUUAAAGUCUUUUAAUUCAUCACUUAUGUAUUCUAAAUAACAUAUGUAA